CUGAGAUGCAGCAGAGUCGCAUGGUGGCGCUGCAGGAUAAGAUGGGGACUUUUUCGUACCAUCCAAUGCUCUGGUCUCCAUUAACCAGUGUAACUGAGAGCAUAGGAGAAGCAGGAAGGGGAAAAGAGGCUUUCAAGAGAAAGCUAGGGAGCCAACAACACCCCGUAAUCCAUGACAGGAUUACAAAACUAAAGAUUCCCAGUGGUCCCGCCUAAUAGAUGAGAGGCGCAAUUUAGGAGCUGUUUGGCUACUGAGUUGAAACAUUUCUGCAGAAACACAUUUGGCUAAGGAGCCAUGGAACCAGGAGAGAGGCACCCUCAGCAGAUAAGGCAAGUGCUGCUUUUCUUUGUUUUCCUGGGAGGGUCUUUGGUGUGUUCAGAGCCCUGGCACUAUUCUGUGGCAGAGGAAAUGGAGAUAGGCUCCGUUAUAGCCAAUGUGGUGAAAGAAAUAGGUUUGGCUGUGGAAGACUUGGUUGCACGGGGGGCUAGAGUCAUCUUUGACGAUUAUAAACCGUAUUUACAGUUGGAUCCGCAGACUGGCAACUUGCUCUUAAAUGAGGAACUGGACCGGGAGGCACUUUGCCAUUUCACAGAGCCAUGUAUAUUGCAUUUCCAGGUAUUAUUUCAAAAUCCUUUACAAUUUUUUCGGGCUGAACUUUGGGUUAAAGACAUAAAUGAUCAUACCCCUGCUUUCCUAGACAAGCAAAUAAUUCUAAAAAUCUCAGAAGCUACUGCUCCAGGAACCUCAUUCCAAAUGGACAGUGCUCAGGACUUGGAUGUAGGAAAGAAUGGUGUCCAAAACUACACAUUAAGUCCCAAUCCUUAUUUCCACCUUGAAUUACAAGACAGUGAUGAUGGCAGAAAAUUCCCAGAGCUGUUACUGGACCAAUCUCUGGAUCGGGAAAAGGAGCCCGAGUUUAGACUAACGCUAACAGCCUUAGAUGGUGGAUCUCCGCCCAGGUCUGGAACUACACUGGUUCGUGUUUUGGUUUUAGAUAUCAAUGACAAUGCUCCAGAGUUCGAAAGGUCUGUCUAUGAGGUUCAGGUACCAGAAAACAGCCCUGUGGACUCCUUGGUCGUCAGGGUGUCUGCUACAGAUUUGGAUGCGGGAAUAUAUGGAGAAUUAUCCUACUCAUUUUCUCACGUCUCCACAGACAUUCGGAAAACAUUUGAAAUCCAUCCAGUUUCUGGUGAAAUCUAUUUAAAAGCGCUUCUGGAUUUCGAGUUAAUUCAGUCAUAUACAAUAAAUAUCCAGGCCAUUGAUGGGGGUAGCCUUUCCGGAAAAUCAGCAAUUUUAGUUCGGGUUGUGGAUGUGAACGACAACGCACCAGAAAUAGUCAUGACAUCUCUGACUAGCCCCAUACCUGAAAAUUCGUCACCUGAAAUGGUGGUCGCUGUUUUUAGCGUACGAGACCUAGAUGCUGGGGACAACGGGAGGAUGGUGUGCUCCAUUCAGGAUGACCUCCCUUUUCUCUUGAAGCCUACCUUUAAGAAUUUCUACACCCUGGUAACAGAGAGCCCCCUCGAUAGAGAGAGCCAGGCCGAGUACAACAUCACCAUCACCGUCACCGACCUGGGAACCCCCAGGCUGAAAACCCAGCACAACCUCACGGUGACCGUGUCCGACGUUAACGACAACGCCCCGGCCUUUAGCCAGACGACCUACACCCUGCGCGUCCGCGAGAACAACAGCCCCGCCCUGCACAUCGGCAGCGUGAGCGCCACCGACAGAGACUCGGGCGCCAACGCCCAGGUCACCUACUCGCUGCUGCCGCCCCACGACCCGCAGCUGCCGCUGGGCUCGCUGGUGUCCAUCAACGCGGACAACGGGCAGCUGUUCGCGCUCAGGUCGCUGGAUUUCGAGGCGCUGCAGGCGUUCGAGUUCCGCGUGGGCGCGGCCGACCGCGGCUCGCCGGCGCUCAGCAGCCAGGCGCUGGUGCGCGUGCUGGUGGCGGACGCCAACGACAACGCGCCGUUCGUGCUGUACCCGCUGCAGAAUGGCUCGGCGCCCUGCACCGAGCUGGUGCCGCGGGCGGCCGAGGCGGGCUACCUGGUGGCCAAGGUGGUGGCGGUGGACGGCGACUCGGGCCAGAACGCCUGGCUGUCGUACCAGCUGCUCAAGGCCACGGAGCCCGGGCUGUUCGGCGUGUGGGCGCACAACGGCGAGGUGCGCACUGCGCGGCCGCUGAGCGAGCGCGACGCCGUCAAGCACAGGCUGCUGGUGCUGGUCCGGGACCACGGCGAGCCGCCGCUGUCGGCCAGCGUCACGCUGCACGUGCUGCUGGUGGACGGCUUCUCGCAGCCCUACCUGCCGCUGCCGGACGCGGCGGCGGCCGAGGCCCGCGCCGACCCGCUCACCGUCUACCUGGUGGUGGCCUUGGCGUCCGUGUCGUCGCUCUUCCUGUUCUCGGUGCUGGUGUUCGUGGCGGUGCGGCUGUGCAGGAGGAGGCGGGCGGCGUCGGGGGGCGGCUGCUCGGUGCCCGAGGGUCCGUUUCCGGGCCACCUGGUGGACGUCAGCGGCGCGGGGACCCUGUCCCACAGCUACCAGUAUGAGGUGUGUCUGACGGGAGGAUCUGGGACCACUGAGUUCAAGUUCCUUAAACCAGCACUCCCCAACCUCCCUCCCCCGGAUCAUAGAACUGACGAAAGCCACACUUUCCUGAAAGGUUUUGAGUUCAUUUAGGAAUUUGAUUAUUGUGCAGAACUUUUAUAAUGAGUGCUAUUUCUUUGUAAAAUGUAUUCAUUGUAAUGUAAAAUUCUUUGUUUUGGGUAACUUCAUUUUACUUAAGAGUUUUCAGAAGUUUUAGUGAUUUGUCUGUUUUCUGCUCUUUUUCAUCUUAAUUGUCGAAAAUACUAAGGAAGCUAGUAUUUACUUGGUCUUUCUUCCAAAAUGCAACCUCAAAUAAUUUAUUCAAAUAUAUAGCAUUUCCCCUUCAAGAGUAAUGUAACGCUGGGCUCAGCCAUAUUCUUUGGCUGUUCUGAGCUCUAGAUCCUCUCACUGAAAUCUGUAUGUUUGAUAGAGGAAGACGCAUGGUAUAAAUAAAAACCAUCCAUGGCUCCUAAGAUGUUAUUUAG